UGGACUGAGAUGGAGCGAAGGGCGGUGGCCGGCCUGCCUGCCUGCCGGGGAGCGAAUAAUCAAAGGCUUUGGGGAGGGAGGCUUGGAUGGGCGGUGCGGGGUUCCGUAUUUACACUGGGCCGCUCCGCCCUACGCAGACUGAUAGAAAACUGUCUGCGGGCCGGAGGGAUGGAACAAGUGGAAGGAGAUGUUGCCGACAGGCACACAUUAAUUACUCCGCCACACGCUCAGCAGCAGCAGCUCGUCCGGCUCCGCUCCUUCCUCAUUGCGCUGUAGCAGCAGCAGCAGCAUCCUCCUCUCUGUGGAACAGGAUCAUCCGGGCAGCUGCUUCGGAGCUUCAUGGCCGCAGCCCUGACGAUGAGCGGCGCGCAGGAGGACCCGUUCUACCCGCUGCAGAAAGCUGCCUUCUCCCUGGACGACUCGGCGCUGUUCGGCUUGGACUGCAAGAUCUCCGACUCGGACAAGGCAGGACAGAAUGACUACACACAGGUGAAGUGUGAAAUGGAGCGGUAUCUCUCACCUCCUGCCUUUCCGCCUCAAGCAGAGAGCCAGCAGAAGUCACACAGAGACACCACAUCUGUGGUGGACCAGUUCUUUGGUGGAGAUCAUUCUGGGGCUCCCUACACGCUGAACAUGAACUUUUACCUCCCCGACGUGGCCUACCUGAGGAUGGGCUCUUGCGAGCAAGCGCGGCCCCCUCCGUCCCAGAACUGCGCUGGCCUUGGCCAAAUUAAAACUGAAACUGCCUCUUCGUGUUUCGCCCCCAACCUACAGUCUCACUGCCCCAACAGUACGCCCACGAGCAGCUGCAGCACAUCUGGGCAUGACCCCGGCAACGUUGCCUUGGAAACCUCAGCCAUAAACAUGACGCUGACAGGGUUACCAGACUUCACUAGUGUUUUUACCCAGUCAGGAGGAGAGGUGUUCAUCAAACAGGAAAUGCCGUCGCAGUUCGAGCAGCACGGCAUCCACCCCGACAACAGCGGCUCGCUCUUUCAGCUCCUGAGCACUGGCUUGGAGCAUCACCACAACGAUGGCAUGGAGGCCCAGCAGCAGAUGCAGCACAACUCCACUGCUCAUUCACCUUUUCAUGAUUUGUCAGUAGCUGCAGCUUCUUCCCAGCAAGACCAGAGCACCAAAGCGGGCUACCACACCCUUUCUGCCGGGGUCUACGUGCAUCCCCAUGCUCAGGUGCACUCACAUUUUUUGCAGCAGCAGGUGCCCUACUUGCCGCCCUCCCCGCCCAGCUCAGAGCCAGGCAGCCCAGACAGGCAGAAGGAGCUGCUCCACACCCUUUCCCCCCCUCCAUCGUACGCUGCCACCAUCGCCUCCAAGCUGGCAGGGACCACACCGGGUCUCAACCCUGUCCCAGGACCAUCCGGCUUCGCCCUGCCAAACAACGGGGCUCCUACACCGGUCCAUGGUCCGGCGACUCAGACCACAACCCAGAACUCCACAACUGUCCGCUACAACCGGAGGAACAACCCAGACUUGGAGAAACGCCGGAUCCACCACUGUGAUUACCCAGGCUGCAAGAAGGUCUACACCAAGUCGUCCCAUCUGAAAGCCCACCUCAGGACUCACACGGGUGAGAAGCCGUACAGGUGCACAUGGGACAGCUGCGACUGGCGCUUCGCCCGUUCGGACGAGCUUACCCGCCACUACCGGAAACACACGGGCGCCAAACCCUUCCAGUGCACCGUCUGUUCUCGCUCCUUUUCCAGAUCCGACCACCUCGCCCUGCACAUGAAGAGACACCAGAACUAGCGACGGUUUGCACACAUGCAGGAGUCGUACUGUCUUCAUCUUGAAACUCACAUAAAGCACUCACCUCGUCUCCAACAGCUACAGUGUUAAACGACUGCGUGAUGCCAAGAAGCAUCAUUCGCUAUAUCAAUACAGCGGUUUAGGAAGAAGGUGGUGGACUAUUUUUUUGCUCACCACCCUCACAGUGAAUUUCUCUGGACAAAAAAAAAAACUAAACAGGAAAAUCCACAACCUAAAAAAAAAAUGGUAGCUCCUUCGUGUUUCCAGUCCAUUUGGAUUUGGUGUGACUGGAAUGAAAUGCAUAAAAAAAAAAAAAAAAACAUGGUUUGUCUUUGUUGUAAUACAGAACUCCUUAAUUCAAACCUCUUCUUUGUUUACUUGUUGGUAGCUUUGUCUAAAUAGCUGGAAUAUCCAGAUUUGAAUUUUUAACCAAAUCUUUCGGUUUGCACUAGAACUGAUCAUACAUCUCAUGCACCACCAAAACGAUCAUUUUCACAACUGGACACGCCACGCCAGUCAUCGCUGUCCGGACAUUAAAAAUUCAAAGCAUUUAUUCUCCUGAGACAAACGAAGAUCGAGCAGAGAAAAACAUGAGAGUAAGAUAGAGAUGGUGAGACUGAAUUGUUUUUCAUUUUAUAGAGAGCUGAUCUGCAGAUGGCUGAGUAACGUAGGGACAUGGGUGGAUUGUAAAAAGCAGCCAUUAGGCGAUCAAUUAUUUAGGAUGUGUUCUCGAUGGAUGUCCAGCUGGAGAAAUGUAAGCAGACCUGACUCUGUUAAAACAGAAGCAGCUGUAUUUAUGCACAAGCUUGAAUUCAAUUUCUGUGCAGAUUGUGCCAUUCAUUUUAUUUCAUUUUUGUACAUCUUAACCAAAGUUUUAAUCUUCACCAUCAACACCUUAUGAAGUGCCUCCUUCUCUGGGUAUCGUGUUCCUGUUCUGCCAGAGCUGUGAUUAGUGUAGGCGGUUCUUUUAAACACACAUGGUGCUGUUUUUUGUUUUUUUUUUGGUUCCUGUUCUAUUCUAAUCUCUAAGCAUAGUAUAGGGAGAGGGAAACAAAAAAACUUUAAUAUGCUAAAGCUGAUCACCCCAUUGUAAUAUAACAGCUCAGUUCUGAGCAACUCAUAAACAUCCUGACAUUGUGUGGAGCUUUUAUACUAAAGUGACUGUCUCUUCCUCCAAGGAGAUUUUUUUAGCCUUUUUUUAUCUUGUAAACAGAUAACUAGCAACUGGGUUCAAUCAGGCCUUCAAGCUCAAACAGGUGCUCAGUUAGAGGACAGAUUCACUACGUUUAUGACUUGUGAUAUUUACUAACAAAGAAGCUGAAUAUUUUACACAGCAAUUUUGUCUUCAUCGCUGGUUAGAGAUACAUCAGUUCGUUUUCAAAAUGAUUUUUUUAAAUCUCUUAAGUAAAGCUUUGACUUGCUGAUACUAAAAUCCCCUUUCAUGAAAUAUAAGAACAGCAUUCAAAAUUUAGUUAUUUAGCCUCUGUGCCUUGAUUGGAGAUUUAUUUCUGCUUUUAUGAAAGCAGAUACAUACAGUUAUUGUAGUAAAUGUAAAACUGGAAACUUUAAACCAACAAUAUGCCAGAGCAAUUAGCAAUUACCUUUGCCAAAUCCAGCAUAUGGAAUAAAAAAUGAAGGUUGAAGAGCCAAUCACAGCAAUUUUUCUGUUCUCAAAUGAUACUCCCUGCUAUGAUAUGACAGUCUUGCUCUCUCUCUCGCUAUUUCAAAGCUCAACAAUUUUUCUUCCCUGAUCCUGAAAUGCAUAAUUUCCUUUAGUCUUCUUUGUGCAUCUAUAGCAACAACAGAAAAAGGUAAGUUUUUGUCUGCAGACCCCAAUAUUGCUUACCUAGAUCAUAUUUUUAAGUCAUCAAUGAGGUCAGCCAAGCUGAAAACUGACCUAAAUUAGUUAGAAGCUGUUUUCUUUAGUAUCUAAGCAAAUUUAAACUGAUCUCUAUAAUCACUGCGCCAGAAUCCAUUAAGGCCUAAUGUAGCUUCUUAUAUUAAAUCAAUGAAAUCAAACAGAAAAUUGUAAUAAAAUGAGUUUCAAUUGAUUUUGUUUGUAGAUGUAGGACAAAAACGCUUUAUCAUAUGUCUUAAUGGAUUAUUUUAUGCACCGAACAUGAGAUUUAGUAGGAAAUAAGUGAACCUGUCCUCUAACAUAGACCCGAGUGUCAGUUUGAUGGUGUGAUUCAGCCUUUAUCUAUAACUGUAAUUGUUCAUUCACUGCAGGUAGCUUAAAAUAAUAUAGCACUGUAAUCUAACAAGGGAAAUCUCUCUAUUUAUUUAAUUGUGUAGAAGCUGGGACAUAACUGAUCCACUGUGGUUUUACCCCAGCAUAAAUGCCUUAAUGUAAAUAAAUGCACUGUAAAUACAUUUUUGUUCCCUUUUUUAUUGUUUGUAAACAAAAGGGCAGGAAAUGAGGAAAAUGCCCGGCAUCCAAAAAUAUUUGAGCCUUUCUCCUCAGUUUUGCUCUCUCGUCCAAACUAUAAUGAUGCCAUUGUUUAACAACUUAUUUUUUGUAGUCUAUUUGUCUUUUCUCUUCCUUCCAUGGUAAACGUUCCAAAGACAAAAGUUGUUUUCUCCUCAACUGAGUGAAACCAAUGCUAAUAAAGUCAAAUGACACUUUUACAGAUGUGUUGUCGGGCUGAAAUUAUUGAAAUGGGAACAUUUCCGUUCUCCUAACCUGCUUCCAUGUGGAAAUAAUGCAAACAUAAGCUACAGUGAGUGCUUUCUCCAUGAGGUUUGGAUUAAAGCUGGGGCCUGCUGUGCAGCUAGAAAGCAAAGUGCCUGAGGGGAUAUUAAAACAAGUCUGAAUAAAGCAAACUGCGCAUUAUAUCAUCUUAAAAUCAGAGAGCUUUUAUUAUAGCAUUGAUCGAGCUGAUUUUUGUGAUGGAGAGCAAAUAAAGAUAAGGAAAAAAAGACAUAGGAGAGGCAGGGGCCCCUUAUCCAGGACCUGUAAGUAACCUGCAGUACUCUUGCUGUCAACAAACAAUAGCUCUUUGAUAUCACAGCAAGAGACAAUGGACAAGAAAAUAAAUCUGACCACCACUUGGGGACCAGAGAGGGGGAUCCCACUGCAUUGAACUGGACUUUUAAACACGCUCUCGGCACCAUAUGUUCCUGGUUUGAGUCACAAAUGUGACCCGGGGUCUCUGUUGUAAUCUACCUCAGAUGUCUGCAGAGGGGAGGAAGAUAGAGAGAAAAGAAGUGAAAUGCAGAACAAUCCAAACAAAAGAAUCUCUGGAGGGACCCAAUCAGCCACUUCCGCCCUCCUACAUCUCCUCCUCCGCUCUACUUCUUAUUUGAUUUCAUUUUUCUCUCCUGCUUUGCCUUGUCUUUCCAGGCACCGUAGCCCCUCCGGUACUUUAUCGGUGGGAAGUACUGCUGCUCUGUAGGUCAGAGAGGAAGCCGUUCUCAUAACCUGCUCAAAUCCUCAUCUUCAUUCAGAAAAGAAAGCCUGGCAGGUAUUUGUUAGAAGCUGUGAUGUAAGGGAAGAAGCAGAGAGGCUGUCACACACACACACACACACCCUCAGCAGUGAUGAGUGAGUGGGAGCUACCGGUUCAUGUUUUUGGAUCAGCUAAAUUAAUGUCACACAUCUGGAAGAGGGCUUCUGCCUGCUCCACCCUCCGCUGUGAUGCGUUGGUGUGAUUCCCAGUUUCCCCUUUUAUGAGUGUGUUUGUGAGUGUGCAUGCUGGUAUAAAGUUUCCAGUGCACCUCUCUUGAAACAGACCACCCACUCAGAGGACCCACAGAGUGACCGAGGAGAGAGCGGAUAGACACUGACUUAACCUCACAUGUGCAGCUCUGUUUAAAAUCAACUCUUCCCGAUUUUCUCAGAAUAGAACAUGUUAUCAGAGAUGGGGGAGAUACGGCAGCAGCUGACAUGUUAGUUUGCAGUGAAAAAUAAUAUGAAACAUGGAGGGAGGUGAAGGGUUCACUGCGAGAUGUUUUUACAGAAUGUUGCCUCAGGUGAACUGAGCUACAUCAUCAAAGCUGAAGCCUCACCUUAGCUACUCCUGUUUGACGUUAAUGCCUGUGCUGCCGGUGAUCAUGCUGAUGAGUUGGUUGCAUCAUUAUAACCAUUGAGCACAAAAAUCUGGAUCAUUUCUGUUCUCUUUAACAUAUUUUAGGGUGUGUCAUUAGAAUUUUAUGUGAAAGUCUUUUAGAGAAUGCGUUCUAGCAUUGUGGCCCAUUCUUUAUACACCAGCUCAAACUUUUAACUUCAUUUCAUCAGAUAUUUUCCUAGUUACUCAUCUGUUAAGGCCUCUUUUCUUGUUGUGCAUGACUAAUGGUUGUCCUGUCAACCAAUUUUUUUCACCAGAGCUGAUAAUCUCUGCAGCUCCUCCAGGGUCACAUGGGUCUCUCUGAUUACUUCUCCCCUAGCCUG